CAUCCACACACUGAGCUUUUCUCCUCCUCAGCCCUGCUGUGUCUUUACUAACGGGACAACUUUAAACCUCCGGGAUAUCUGCCGGUUUCCGCUUUUCCCUCGCCUCCAUGUGAACAUCUCGACCCGGAGAGAGGACUUUUACUGCUGCUGAAAGGAUGAUGAUGACGAUGAUGGGAGGAGGCCAGGGCCGAAGGUGCAUCCCUCGCUAGAAUCAUACUUACUCCCCAGAACUUCACCCCUCCACCAUCCAUCCACUACUGUCGUCCCCUCGCCCGACGCCAUGGCCAACCACCUGGAGCUGAUCCAGGAGCUGCAGCAGCUGGACAAGGUGCCCAGCCUGGAGAGGCUGCGGGCGGCCCAGAAGAGGCGCACCCAGCAGCUGAAGAGAUGGGCUGUGUACGAGAAGGAGAUGCAGAACAAGAAGCGAAAGGCGGACAAGAAGGGGCGCAACGCCAAAGACCUCCAUCUAGAGUCCAAGAGGCAUGUGUCCUUUGCAGCCAGCGUGGCACUGCUGGAGGCCUCGGCCAGGAACGAUCCGGAUGAAG